AUGGGGUCUGCUCCGCAAACCGAGCACGCGCGCCAAGGCCGCCUUGCGACAGAAGAAGAAACUCUUCUUGCUCAAGAUGUCUCCGACCUGUCGAGUACCGAGGGCGACAGUGAUUCUGAGAGCACGGAUACUGCGAUCUUCAAAGGUGAUUCACUCCGCACGAGGAGGUUAGGCACGGCGCCGUUGGUAAUUAAUGGUCGACGGCUAUCUUCCGAUGAAGAUGAUGGCGGCAACUCCGACAGCAUGCCUGAGCAAGCAGAGGAAGAAAAGCCGGUGACUUGGAGUUCGCUGCCGAAAAAAGGCCAAUUAGCAAUUUUGACAUUUGCUCGAUUGUCAGAGCCCUUGACCCAAACUUCUCUGCAAGCGUAUAUGUUCUAUCAGCUCAAGUCUUUUGAUCCGUCUUUGCCGGACUCGGAAAUCACCGUGCAGGCGGGUAUUCUCCAAGGCAGCUUCACAGCCGCGCAGUUUCUUACUGCUGUUUGGUGGGGGCGGCUCGCUGAUGCGGAAUGGAUGGGAAGGAAACGAGUUCUGUUGAUUGGACUGUUAGGCACUUGCAUAUCUUGCCUGGGAUUCGGAUUCUCUCGGUCUUUCACCUCUGCCAUGAUCUUUCGGACACUUGGUGGAGUACUGAAUAGUAACAUUGGUGUGAUGAGAACUCUGAUUGCCGAGAUCAUUGCUGAGAAGAAGUUUCAAUCCCGGGCAUUCUUGCUUCUCCCUAUGUGCUUCAAUGUUGGUGUCAUAAUAGGCCCAAUCCUCGGUGGUUCCUUGGCAGACCCCGUCCACAGUUUUCCUCAAUUCUUCGGGCCUGAAUCAGUCUUUGGCAGCAAGGAAGGUGUCUGGUGGAUGGAGCAUUGGCCUUAUGCGCUACCCAAUGUACUAAGUGCAAUCUUUAUCUUCGCAUCAGUAUUGGCGGUCUUCCUUGGUCUCGACGAGACUCACGAAAUUGCACGAUACAGAAAGGACUGGGGACGCAGCUUGGGAAAACGAAUCUACCGAGCUCUGACCCGAUCAUCAAAAUGCCACCGCCCAUUCCCACGUGCUAGAAAUGAUGGCUCGGUCUAUCUCGACGACAACGUUGAAAACUGGUCGGUACCAUCAAGCCCGGCCCUCUCGCGGAUCCAGUCUAGAGCACACAAACGCCCAGGCUUCCGACAGAUCUGGACACGCAACGUACUCUUGACUCUGUUUGCUCACUUCCUGCUUGCCUUCCACACGAGUGCUUUCGGCUCCAUGACCUUCGUCUUCCUUCCUACACCCAGAGCCCCAGAAGACUCCCGCAGAGGAUGGUUCCACUUCAAUGGUGGGCUGGGAUUGCCCUCUGCCCGCGUUGGGCUUGCUACAGCUAUCAUCGGCUUUAUUGGUCUACCACUGCAGAUCUUCCUCUAUCCGAAAAUCCAAACGAAGCUCGGGACAAUGGCCUCUGCCCGCGCGUUCAUGCCAUUCUCUCCACUCUCAUAUAUUUUGAUGCCAUUCCUUGUGAUUUUACCGCGUAUACCAUGUGUUGUAUGGUCCAGCUUCACUUUGGUGGUUAGCUUCCAGGUUAUCUCGCGGACAUUCAUCUUGCCAGCUGCCAUUAUCCUCGUCAAUAACUGUGUCACAGAUCCAUCUAUUCUGGGCACUGUACACGGCGUGGCACAGAGCAUCUCCAGUGCAGCCCGUACCCUGGGUCCAUUCUUGGGUGGUUGGGGUCUUGGCCUUGGUCUUGAGAACAAUAUGAUCGGGGCUGUCUGGUGGGCACUGGCUGUUGAAGCCUUGAUUGGAUGGGCUGUUCUACACACCAUUCAUGAAGGCAAGGGGAUUGAACGAAAGAAGGAAGUGGAGGAAGAUGAAGAAUGA